UUCCACUGCGCAUGUGCCGAGGCCUUAGGUUCCGCUCCCUCCCAACCACUGUUUUGACCACAAGUGUUUCCGGCAGCGGAAAAGGAAGGGGCGGGGGGAGAGUGUGGGGGAAUCCUCAGGCCGAGAGGUCAGUGUCCGCUGCGAUGUCAACUCCUGGGUCGGUGGCUCCGGAGGUGGCCUUUGACCCCGCGACGCCCCCAGUAGUUGAGGGCUUUAGCCCUACCCCGCACCGUUUGCGGGAUGAGAGCGUCAAGGACAAAUUUCAACGCAAGGUCCGCGAGAACCCGGUGGUGCCCAUAGGUUGUCUGGCCACAGCUGGAGCCUUAUGUUAUGGACUCUACUGCUUUCACCAAGGCAACAGCAAGAAAUCCCAGUUGAUGAUGCGGACCAGGAUCGUGGCUCAGGGCUUUACAGUGAUGGCCAUUCUGGGGGGCUUGGUAGUCUCAGCCAUGAAAUCACCCAGGCUUCACUGAGACCAGUGGCCCAUUACUUGAAAGAGUCAGUGACCAUUUGCAGGGGACCCAAGCAGCUUUCCAGAGGGGGAUU